AUGCUAGCAGACGGAAGUUUGCAUAGGUUUCCUAAUCUGCAGCUUCUUUUCUUCAGAUUAGUGCGGGAUUUCUUCGGACCUCGCCUCGUCCACCGGCCGUGGGGCAUCGCCAACGUCAGCCACGUCGACGACGACGGCCGGACGUUGGUGACGUACAAAGACGCUCUCGCGGCCAACGGUCACGUCGGCGCCCAGGUGCACUACCUCAAGAUCGACAUCGAGGAACAAGAAUAUCAUGUUUUACCUAACAUAUUUGACUCGGGCUUACUGGAGAACGUGUGGCAACUACACAUGGAGAUCCACAACUUCUGGAAGGAGUGGGAGUCAUGCAUCUGAACUAUAUAUCCAGCGCAACAAGCUCGCGUACGAGAUCUUAAGUGAGCUGGAGAACGCAGGGUUCCGGAGGGUGCGCGCUACGGUCAACAACCUUCAACGCUGGAUAGAUGAGCACGAGUGGGGAGGCUGGUGCUGCAGCGACGUGCUCUGGGUCAACGAGCGUAUACGCAACCAAGCGUUGAGUCGGGAUCGACUUCGACUGCUUUAAAUUCUUUAAAUUUGUAUUUAUUGUCGGGCGCUCAAUUUGGCUCGAAAUUAACACCAAAAUAAAACAAAUAAAAAAAAC